GGCCUAUCAAUUUGCAAGUACACUUCUAGACCUGUACCAUUUGUAAACUUCUAGAACUCCUCCCCGGCAUGCAUUGCAUGCCCAACAUGGAUGAACUGACGGUGGAGGUCCGUGGCUCCAACGGAGCAUAUUAUAAGGGAUUUGUCAAAGAUGUCCAUGACGAUUCACUCGCUAUUGCCUUUGAAAACAAUUGGCAACCAGAGAGACAAGUUCCCUUUAGUGAUGUUCGGAUGCCACCUCCAGCCGAUGGUAAAAAGGACAUUGGGGAGGGAGAAGAGGUGGAGAUCUUCUCCCGGGCCAAUGAGCAGGAGCCAUGUGGCUGGUGGCUUGCCAAAGUGCGCAUGAUGAAGGGAGAUUUCUAUGUGAUUGAGUAUGCUGCCUGUGACGCCACAUACAAUGAAAUAGUCACAUUUGAACGUCUUCGGCCUGUAAAUGUCAACAAGGCGGUGUCAAAGAGCUCCUUCUUCAAGUGCACCGUCCCAGUUCCUGACGACCUGAAAGCAGCGUGCGAAAGUGAACAAGCACAUAAAGAUUUCAAAAAGGCAGUGGGAGCUUGUCGGAUUGUCUACUGUACAGAAACAAGUAGCUUAGUUGUACUGUCCAUAAAUGAAGCCACAGUUAAGCGAGUGUCUUUGCUCAGUGACAUGCACCUGAGGAGCAUUCGUACUAAGCUCAUGCUCAUGUCCCGAAAUGAGGAGGCCACUAAACAUCUGGAGAGUACAAAGCAACUGGCGUCUGGUGUCCAAGAGGAGUUUACAGUCAGGGUGGACCUCAUGGGCCUUGCCAUUGGAAGCCAUGGAAGCAACAUUCAACAAGCCAGAAAAGUGCCUGGAGUCACUGCUAUUGAGCUGGAUGAGGGGAGCGGGACGUUCAGAAUUUACGGAGAGAAUGAGGAGGCAGUUAAGAAGGCAAGGAAUUAUCUGGAGUUUCUUGAAGAUUCUGUUCAGAUCCCCAGGAACUUGGUCGGCAAGGUAAUUGGCAAGAAUGGGAAAGUCAUUCAGGAGAUCGUUGACAAGUCUGGAGUGGUGAGAGUUAGGAUUGAAGGGGACAAGGAUGGCACACAGCCACGUCAAGAAACACAGGGAAUGGUCCCGUUUACAUUUGUCGGCACUAAGGAGAAUAUUGGGAAUGUCCAGGUACUUCUGGAGUACCACAUUGCCUACCUGAACGAAGUCGAGCAGCUGCGUAUGGAGAGACUGCAAAUAGACGAGCAGUUGAGGCAGAUUGGGAUGGGCCACAGGCCUUCAUCUGGCCGCCCAGCAGACAAGGGCUACACCACAGACGACAGUGUGGCUGCUACCGCCGUGCACACCAGCCGCUCCUACACCGGCAGAGGCCGCGGACGCAGGGGCCCCAACUACACCUCCGGCUAUGGCACAAACUCUGAGCAAUCCAAUGCCUCUGAGACUGACUCUGAGCGGAAGGAUGAGCUGAGUGACUGGUCCCUGGCGGGAGAGGAACCGGAGAGGGGGACUCGGCCACAGAGAGACAGCAGGAGGAGAGCUGGUCCAGGGAGGGGUAGAGGGCCCAGGGGCCGUGGAGCAGGGAGAGGAGCCCCCAACACUGCUCUGAAGGAUCCUUAUGGCAACCCCUACAGUGUGCUUGACAACACAGAGACAGACCAGACGGCCGACACUGAUGCUAGCGACUCCAACCUCAACACAAACCGCCGCCGCCGCUCGCGCCGCCGCCGGACUGACGAGGACACAACAGUCAUUGAUGGCAUGAGUGAAUCGGAUAACGCUUCCCUCAGUGAGAAUGGCCUUGAUGACUCAAAAGCUAAACCACAACGGCGUAACCGUAGCAGCAGACGCAGUGUCCGCCCACCAGAGGAAAGGCAACCAGUUACAGUGGCAGAUUACAUAUCCCGUGCUGAAUCACAAAGCAGACAGACUAACCAAAAGGAACUGAAAAAUAACAAAAAAGAACUGGAGCAGGUUGAGUGUAUUCCGGAGCACAGCCUAUCUGCAGAAGCAAAUACGAGCAACGGCCCCAGCAAUGGAAGAGGUGACGAACCAGGCAGGGCUUCCACAGAACGGGUUGCCAAAGUCGCUUACCAAGGGAAUGGUGACCAGCAGCCUGUCCUGAACGGGGUUUCCUAAUCUACGAAUCCACUCAAACUCAUUAAUUGUACUACAUUUUUACAAUAGUUAUUGUACAAGCUUGCCAAAGAUAGUCAUGGACUUCCAGAUUCUCUACUGCACUUUUCUGUUCCCUCAACAUGGAACACAGAGAGAGAUUUAGCACUGAACCGAGACAUAAGAGUAUGUUUCAAGUACAUGAUCUGAUGUUGUGCCUUGAGAAUAGAUUCAACAUAGUUAGUUGCCUGGCUGUAGUAAACGUUUUGUCAGUGAUGGCAAAGAUAGGAAGAAUCCAGUUAUCCUCCAGUUAUCCUAAUAUUUGUUGAGUUAGCUGCUUUUUGUUACAUUUUAAUAUGCAACCACUUCUUCAUAUGAGGAAAUGCAGUCUGGAAGAGAAAGUUUUGCACUGAAUUGUAAUUUAUUUUCCAUAAGAAUAACAUUAGUCUGGAAACUGGUCUGUUAAUGUUCUUGUCAAUUUUUUUUUAAUCCUGAAUGACACUCCACAUAGUAGUGAAUCUGUAUGCUGGAAUGAUGGUGGCAGUAACUGGUCUCAUGAAGGAGCUUUAUUUGGUUUAAGUGUACAGUAUUUAAAAAGCUGUUAUUCCUAACACUGGCUGAAGACCGUAUUUUCAUGCAGGUGACAAUUUGGACUACUGAAAGAAGUUUCCAGAUGUUGGUUCGGUAAACUACAAUUCUGUUUUUUUAUGCUCAUUCUGGUUUGAUGUGCAAUAUGUUUUGUAUGCCGGUAGUUCUUAAAUAAAACCCGAUCUUCCAUUUAGAUCCAAAACCA